AUGGAAAGAUUUCUUGGUACUGUGGCUGUAGUGACUGGAAGUGGAUCAGGAAUUGGAGCAGCAAUUUCAAAAGAGCUGUACAAACGAGGUUUCACUGUCGUUGGAUUGGAUAUAAAUGAAAUUAAUUUACAAAAAUUGAAAAAAGAAUUAAACGAAACCGAGUAUGCGGGCGAAUACCACGCGAUAAAAUGUGACAUACGUGACGAGCAAGAUGUAAUUUCAACGUUCGAAAAAAUUAACGGUAUCGGUAAAAUAUCAAUAUUAAUUAAUAACGCCGGAAUUCUCCGUCAUACGCCAAUUCAUGAAAUGACCAGUGAAGUAUUCGAUUCACUUUUCAACACCAAUGUCAAAGGCUUAGUAUUAUGUGCUCGACAGGCUAUUAAAAGUAUGAAAGAAAAUUCCAUCCAAGGUCACAUAGUAAACACUUGCAGCGUAUGUGGACUACCUGGCUGGAUAUUUAAUUUAAACAUCGCCAUGUAUUCGGCUGCCAAACACGCUGUGAAAGUUAUAACUGACGGAUUACGCAGGGAAAUGAUUUUGAAUAAAACUAAAAUCAAAGUCUCCAGUUUAAGCCCGGGAUUUGUCGAAUCAGGAAUGACAGUAGGUCAUUUACCCAGUGAUCCUUUUGGUUAUAUAAAGUCAGAAGAUGUCGCUAACGCUUGUAUAGCUAUUUUGGAUACUCCACCCGGCGUCACAAUAUCUGAAUUGACAGUGUUGCCAACGAACGAAAUGGUGUAAAUGCAUAAUAUGAAAGAAUAACCCAAUACUUACCUACUUGACUGAAUCAUGGCAUGCUGCAGAACUGUAAACGUUUUGAUGAAUAAUUAAAUUUUUUAACGUGUUA